AUGGUACUCAAAAAAUCCGUCGUAAUUAUUGGAGGAGGAUGGAGUGGAAUUGGAGUUGCUGGAUCAUUAGCAUACAAUAAUUUUCAUGACUAUAUUUUAUUAGAACAAACAGACAGUAUUGGAGGUUUUUGGAAAUAUCAUACCUACGAUUCUGUUCGGAUGCAUGAUCUUAGUAGAUUAUAUAAAACACCUCAUGAUCUUUCAGAGAAGUAUAAAGAUCAUUUUCUUUUGCAAUCCGAAGUGCCAAUAUACUUACAGCAAUACGCAGAUUAUUAUGGAAUAUCAAAUCACAUAAUAUUUGGAUUUAGAGUAACACGAAUUUCUAAUCAAGACGAUGAAGAGUUCUGCUGGACUGUAACUGGAAUUAACGUGGGCGAAAAUAUUGAAAGAACUUACAUUUGUAAAUAUCUUUGUAUUGCAACUUCUUACUGUCGAGUUCCAGUCAUUCCAGAAAAUAUAAAGAAAUCUAUGAAUCGUUUUAAAACAAAGAUAAUUCAUUCAGCUGACUAUAAAAAUCCCUCGAACUUUGAUAUUUCAAAGCAUAGAAAAAUUCUUAUUAUUGGAGGUGGACAUUCAUCUUCAGAAAUCUCAACUGAAUUAACAGAUGCUGGAUUUCAUGUCACUAUUGCACAUCGUGGUGGACAGUACUUUAUGAGACAACAAGAUUGGACAUCUUACUUAUCUAAUCAAGCAAUUGAAAAAUCAUUACAAUAUUGGGGAUAUUCGAUGGCAGAUGAAAACUUUAAAGAGAUAUUGGAAAUAUUCAAUGAACAGUUUUCGGAAAAAAUAUAUCAUAUUAACGAUGAAAUUCAUUGGACAAUACCAGUAUUAAGACCUGCUUCAUUUAUAAUUUUACAUAAGAAAACAUUUAUUGAUGAUAUGCAUUUUUUUGAUUUACUUCAAAACAAAUCAAUUGAAAUAAAAGGAAGUGUUAGAGAAAUUAUUGAAGAAGGAGUUAUAUUUGAAAAAAAUUCAGAAAUUCAAGAAUUUGAUGGAAUUAUUUUAUGUACUGGAUUUUCACAUGGACUGGAACAAUUCUUAGAUGAUACAAAUCAAUAUUUAAGUAAUCAUCGUUAUCAUCAUUUACCACCAGAAAAACCAUCUUUACCAAUAACAGAUGGUAGAUGUAAAUCAAUAAUAAAAAACAAUUUAUAUUUUCCAGGAUUUGAUUAUGGAAUUAAUCAGAGAGUCGAUUUUGCAUUAUAUUCAUGGUAUGUUGGAGAACGAAUACUUAGUGAUAUUAUUGGAAAUGAUUUUACUCCUGAAUUAUCUCCUUCUAAAUUUAAAUAA